AGGCUGGCCACUUCCGAAGCCCCUGACGCCAUGGAGGAGUGGGAUGUGCCCCAGAUGAAGAAAGAGGUGGAGAGCCUCAAGUACCAGCUAGCCUUCAAGAGGGAGAUGUCGUCCAAGACCAUCCCUGAGCUCCUCAAGUGGAUCGAGGAUGGGAUCCCCAAGGAUCCGUUCCUGAACCCCGACCUGAUGAAGAACAACCCAUGGGUGGAGAAGGGCAAGUGCGCCAUCCUGUGAGGUCCCCCCGCCCCGCGCCCAGCCAGG